AUUAUUAUAUUUAAAACAUAUAUAUACAAAUGACUUCACUCAGUCUGCGGGGUUCGAUUCGGAUCCACUGUCUCAACAUGGGAACAUCGAAAUGGAAGGAAGGCUUCUGUGAAGUCGUAGAGAAAGACAAUAAAUUCACUCUGGUUGUAAACUUUAAUGCUGGAGGUGUGCCAGCAAAAUUUCAGCUAAGUCAAAACAUCAAAAACAUUGUUCUGAGACCAACUGGAAUGAAACAGAGCAGGCUAAUGCUCACAUUGAAAGAUUCAGGUGCCAUAACGGUAGAUAAGGCUCCAAUGAAAGAUGCAGAGGUGUUGAAACACUUCCUGGACUCAGUUGACAAAGGUCCAACAGUGAAAUCUGCCCAAGGAUCUGGAAGCUUUGGAGGCAUUUUGGGAAACAGAAGCAGCCAGAGGGAUUUAAACAUACCAAUGUCAAACGUCAAAAGUCAGACUCCAUCUAAAAGGGUUAGCUUUGCAACAAAGGAUGAAACUCCAGUGAAGAUGUCAAUAAACCAUACGGGAAGAGCAGCUGGUAAAACGUCUCCUAGCGGCAUCACUUCAUGUCGCACAGGCAUCUCCCCAAUGACGUCUACACCCCAAAGAACUGGUCUUUCUGAAAAUAGGAGUGAAAAAAGGAAACGAAUGCAGACUCCAAGCCCAGAGAUAGGCGAAGAUUACCCCAAAGAGAAUGAUUCAUCGACCACAAAUAAGGCAUUAACUGACCCAGCACGCAAAUUUUUAAACAGCAGCCGAGAAAAGCAGUUGACUCUGAAACUGGCUGAGGAGGGCAGACAAGGAUUAAUGCCUUUACAGUCGUCUUCCUUUUACAGUAGCAGGUUGACUGCGAAAGAGUAUACUCCUGGGAAUGUGUGCACAGACCGAUCUGCCUCUAGUCAGCUGCCGUCUGCUAAGAGAAGUUUAAUCCUCCCACCACAGACAAGCCCAUUGUCUGCAAAAAAGCUGAAACCCAAUCAUGACUAUCCUGGGUGGAAUAAACAAAGGAUGCCACAGCCACUUCAGGGAUUUUCGAAUUUGGGGAAUACCUGCUAUAUGAAUGCAAUAUUACAGUCUCUGUUUUCCCUUCAACCAUUUGCAAAUGACUUACUCCGCCAAGGGAUUCCUUAUAAAAAAAUCCCAAUGAAUGCAUUAAUCAGACGUUUUGCCAUUCUGCUGGCCAAGAAGGAUGUCUGCAGCCCUGAGAAUAAGAAAGAACUUCUUAAGAAAGUUAAGAAUGCCAUAUCGGCCACAGCAGAGCGGUUUUCUGGCUACAUGCAGAAUGAUGCCCAUGAGUUCUUGAGCCAGUGCCUUGACCAGCUCAAAGAAGAUGUGGGUAAACUAAACAAAACCUGGAAGACUGAACCCUCUUCAGGAGAGGAUAUUUCAGGUGGAAAACCAAAUGAUGACGUCACUGCUACCCGUGUUUACACCUGCCCAGUGAUCUGCAAUUUUGAAUUUGAGGUGCAACAUUCAAUCAUUUGUAAAAUGUGUGGUGAAACAGUCACUAAACGUGAACAGUUUAAUGACCUUUCUAUUGAUCUUCCACGGAGAAAGAAAUUGUUGCCUUGCAGAUCCAUACAGGAUUCUUUGGACCUCUUUUUCAGGAUGGAAGACCUGGAAUAUUCUUGUGAAAAAUGUAAUGGAAAAUCUGCAACUGUAACACACAAAUUCAGCAGAUUGCCUAGAGUCCUUAUCCUUCACCUGAAACGAUACAGCUUUAAUGUGCUUCUGUCUCUUAAUAACAAAGUGGGCCAGCAAGUUAUCAUCCCUCGAUAUCUUACUUUGUCUUCGCACUGCACAGAAAGCACACGCACUCCUUUGUCCCUGGGCUGGACUGCACAGAAUGCAAUGAACUCAAGGCCGCUAAAAACAUCACAAAUUGUUAAUUCUUGCUCUUUGAGCUCUUCAACCCCCACCAGAAAGCACACUUUUAAAUCGGUCAACAGCCUGCCUGCUUGCCUGGAUUCUGAAAGUGAGGACGAGCAAAUUAGACGCUGUGUUUCUCAAAGUCAAAGGGUUUAUGAUGUGCAGACAAAGAACCUACUCACCGAUGACCAGGAAAAGAAAUCUAUAAUGGAGAGUACAAAGUGUCCAGCGCUGGCAGAUACAGGUUUUGACACAAUUAAUGAUGAGGAUUUAAUGGAAGCUGUCCUGGAAAUUGGAAAGAAAGAGGCUUCCUUUUGUGAUGGUGUUGCUGAAGGGGAGAUCACUGGCAGCCCAGAUACAGGCUUUGGAGGUGAUGAAGAUGUCCAGGAGUCUAUGAAUAACUUGGAGGAAGAUGAAAAACCCAAGGCUGUUAAAGAGACAGGUGUGAUUCAGUUCAAUGAAACAUCUAAGGACUUUGAUGAGAAUAAAGAGAACAAGACUCCAGAGGGGACCCAAAAUGAUGUGGAUUGGCUUCAGUAUGAUCUGGAGAGGGAGCGAGAGGAACAGGAACUUCAGCAGGCACUUGCUCAGUCUCUUCAAGAACAUGAGGCUUGGGAGCUAAAGGAAGAUGAUGACCUGAAGAGAGCAACUGAGCUUAGUUUACAAGAGUUCAACAAUUCUUUGGUAGAUGGAAUGCUGUCUGAAGACGAUUCUGGGAAUGAAGAUAUCCUUGACAUGGAGUAUACUGAAGUAGAAGCCGAAGAGCUGAAGAAAAAUGCUGAAACUGGAGAACUUCCUCAUUCAUAUCGUCUCAUCAGUGUAGUCAGUCACAUUGGGAACUCCUCAUCCUCUGGUCAUUACAUCAGCGAUGUGUAUGAUGUCCGAAAGCAAGCUUGGUUUACAUACAAUGACCUGACUGUUUCCCGAACACAGGAGAGCACUGUGAUGAAUGACAGAGACCAAAGCGGAUACAUUUUCUUUUACAUGGACAAGGCGGUUUUUGAUGAACUUGUUGAAGAAGAAAAGAAAUCCCAAUCUGCACCCACAGAGCAGAAUAGGCCAGCCAGACCACCUCUGUGAGACAUUCAAGCUCCGAUCUCUUCAUUGCACUGCUCCUAAAGCUUUAUAGCUUGCUUUACAAGAGCCUGUAUGGCCACUGCAUCUCCACAUUGACAUUGGGCUCUGGAUGUCACAGAAAUCUGUCAACUUGUACAUGGUGUAGCCUGUUGCCUCUGGAGAAAUUGCAGUAUAUAAGGGGGGCACACUGGGGAAUCCUACAAAUGGUUUCUUCAAAGCUUUACAACGAGAGACAAAAAAAAAAUCUUUUGUUUGCCUGUGGAAUCACUAAGCUCCGCCUUGGGACAGUGGCAGCUUAAACUGACAUUUCUUCAGCAAUAAGAUAUGAUAAAGUACUUUAAAUUUGCCUUCUACAGACAGUGUUCCGACACUGCCCUAUUUCUUAUAGCACAUUUGUUACAAUUGAGGCUUUUUUUUCCCUUUUUUUUUUUUUUGAUUGUAACAAAUCCAUCAACGGAUUUUUUUAUUUUUUGUAUGCAGCUGAAGAUUGGUGGCAUUAAUGCUGUUACACAAACUUAACUUCAACCUGUGUUGCUGUCUAUGGAGAAUCUGUUUUUCAUUAUUUUUCUUAAAUAAUACAUUUAUAUUCCAUAGACUUAUCUUUGUUACUUUCAAGUAUGACAACUGGAUUUAAAAGCACACCCCUCCCUCCCCUGUGCUGAAUAAAAGCAAUAUGAUAAAA